AUGGAAAUGUUAUUGAAGAUUUGGGUAGUGAUAAUAAGUUUUAUAAGUAUAGUUCCAUUAUUCUUAAUAGCUCAAAACUCUCCAAAAGAUUAUCUUAAAGCUCACAAUGAUGAACGUGUAAAAGUUGGGGCUAAGCCACUGAAGUGGGAUCGGCAGCUUGCAUCACUUGCUCGCAAGUUUGUGAAAAAACACAUUUUUGACUGCAAGAAGGGGACUAAUGAUGCGAGCAUUGCUACUAGUACUAAAUUUGGCCAAAACGGUCUAUAUGAUGAAGAAUCCAAAUCAGGUGUUGAUGCUGUGAACUUAUGGCUGGAACAAAAAACAAACUAUGACUAUAAAUCGAACACUUGCAUUGAUGGUACCCUUAAUUGUGUUUAUUACGCUCAGAUUAUAUGGGAUGCAACUACUUCUUUAGGUUGUGCUAGAGUCAAGUGUCGCAAUUAUAGAGGCACCUUUAUUACUUGUUUUUAUUACCCUUCAUAUAAUGUUCUGGAUCAAAGCCCCUUUGUAUUUCAUUCAUUACCAAAUUAA